AUAUCAAUCCGUAUCUGGGCCCUAGCGGUGUGCGAUUCUUCCUAAUGCAUUGUCGUUAGUCGUUCCUCUAUUUUGCGCACGCGUUUUUUCCGCCAUAUCUCCCGCAAUGGCGCCUGGGAUUCAGCCAUAUGUGACUAAUGCGGUGCGAGAUUGUCACUAUAGUAGACCAAACCACGUGGCGUCGUCUGUGCUGCACGAAAUGGCGACUUUUCGCGGCGCUGUUCGUCCUGCUGACGUGGCGCAUUGCGUCGUCAAAAGACCAUAUCUAAUGCCGAGGAAUCUUCCGCAUUCCUCUAACGCAUUUCACCAACGUCGCAAGGCACACUUCGUACGCGCUAUAAGGCCCGGCUUCGAGGAAAAUAGGUCUGACAGGAGGAAUUUAACUGGCGUACGAUGCUGUAGCAAUGAUGCAGGAGCCAGUAAAAGGCGAGACACGGACGGCGAUUGCAGCACAAGAGCUUAUUUAAUCCGGCAGAAUACCGCCAGAAGCCGAAGCUUCCUAGAUGUCUCGUGCAGCGGAAGCAAUCCCGUGGUUUUCGCUGCCGGUGCUGCUGGAAACCCCCAUCAUAGAACAGACAAGAACCGAGAUGGACGAAGCUGCGAUACAAGCACAUACGAUAGUGGCACAGAGGCUAAGCCGCACGUGAUUGGCAAGAACUGGAAGGAGCAGCUGACAUGGCAUAUGCGGAAUUCGACACUGGCCCUCGCCCUGCUCUCUGCGCCCUUCCUCGCCGCCCUCGUCUCCCCCCUCACACCCUGUCCCCCCACUGGACUCCGCCUCGCCCCCCCAAGUGCCACGGCAGCCACUCUUGCUCCCUCCCUCGCCUCUCAAGGGCCCAGUCAGGGGAGCUCUUCUGCUCCUGGCGCUGCUACCGCUGCCACUGCUGCUGCCACUGCUGCUGACACCGAUGCUGGCGCUGCUACUACUGCCACAGGUACUCGCAGUGGCGCUGCUGCAGCUGCUCAUGCUGCUGACACUGGAACCAUCAACGCAGCCAGUUCUACCACCACCGCUGCCCCUCCCGCCACCUCCUCCCAAUCCACCCUCCCAUCCCCACCACUCUCCACCGCUCUCCACGCCCCCGCGCCCCUUCCCUUGGCCGCCACAUCGCCCAACCUAGCGUCCAUUUGGCAGCGCGUGAUUGGCUCCACGUCAGAGUGGGUGCCCCGGCCGGUAGACGGGCAGAUAGGGCUGCAGGUGGGGCUGCCUGUGCCCCUCUUCGGCCCCUCUGAAAGCCAAAGCCUUUCUGACCCGUCCCACGGCUCGUUCGACUGGCAGCAAGGGCAGCGGCGGGAGACGGGCAUAGGAUCGCUGUUCGCGCCAGGGGGGGCGUGGGGGAAGCUGGUGAGGGAGUGGCGGUGGGCGCGCGUGCAGUACCUGUGGGACGUGCUGCUGGAGCGCCACCCUGUCGUCUACAUCAUGCUGCUCAUGGCCAUGUGCACCACGCUCGUGUUCCUCGGCGGGUUUCUUUUCCACACGUUCCGGCGGCCGCAGGAGCCAUUUGGGGAGGCGCUGUGGGACGCGUGGGGCAAUCUAUGCUCGUCCCGGCAGCACCUCAGGGAGAGCACGCAGGAGGGGCGGGUGAUCGGCAUCAUGCUCACGCUGGGGGGCCUCUUCUUCUACUCGCUGCUCACAUCCACCAUGACCGCCCAGUUCAAGCUGCGCAUGGAGUGGCUCAGAGAAGGCGCACACUCGCAGGUGAUGGAGCGCGAGCACAUAGUGAUCGGCGGCAUUAACAACCGCCUGGCCACGCUGCUGCGCCAGCUGAGCAAGAGCCAGCACUUCGCCGUGCAGGACGGAUCCGCGCAGACAAGGAAGCGCACAGUGCUGCUGCUGACGGAGCUGCCGCGCAAGGAGACGGAGAAGAUCGUGUCGCCCUACCUCAAGGACUGCCAGCACAUCAACCUCUUUAUUCGAAGUGGCCCUUUGAGCAGCACAGCGUCGUUCAAGAAGGUCGCGGCAGACAGGGCACGGUCCGUCAUACUACUGGCUCCCAAGGACGACUACUACGAGGCAGACGCCGAUGUGGUCAUGUCAGUGAUAGCGCUCAAACCCCUCCUAAGGGGCUCCAGCACCGGAGUGGUGGCGGAGGUGUCCAAGGGCAGCACAGCCUCUCUCCUCAAGGGCAUGCCCGAGAUGCGCGUGAGCGCCGUGGAGAAUCUCUCUGCCAAGCUCUUCGUGCAGUGCAGCCGCCAGCCAGGGCUCGUUGACGUCUACUGCAAGCUAUUGGAUCACGCAGACGAGGUCAUCAACGUGCGCAGCUUCCCCUCCCUUGCUGGCCUGCCCUACGGCCAUGUGCGCACAGGCUUCCCUGAUGCGGUGUGCUGCGGCAUUGUGAGGGACGGCAAGGUGCAGUUCCACCCCAAGGACUCGGAGCCCAUGCAGCAUAGUGAUAAGUUAAUGCUCAUAGCCCUCAAGCACACCCACCGCCACCCCCCACCGGCGCUCAUGAUGCAAGCAGCACAGAUCCGACAGCGGCUGGAGAGCAACCGAGGGGGGCGGGAGGGGCGCGGGGGAGGGGGGAGUGAGGCGAUGGUGCGGGUGCACAGAGAUUCGGCGCUAAAGACAAGAGAUGCCAACCAGUUCAAGCUCAACGAGCCAGCAGCACGAGCCGAGCGAAUGGUCAUGCUGGGGUGGCGCACGGGCGUGCCGGACAUGAUCCGCGAGUUUGACGACUAUGUGGGGCCCGGCAGCGAGCUGGUGAUUCUCGCGGAGGAGAGCUUAGAGGAGCGCGAGAGUCAGCUGGCACGGAUGCUCAGGACGCCCCUACGGAACCUGACCGUGGUGCACAAGGUGGGCAACCCAAUGAGCCGCACCGACCUCACAGACGCCAUUCUGGACGCAGGCAGCGUGUUCCACCCAUUCGUGUCGGCGGGCGGCCACAUGUUCUUUGACAACGUGCCCUUCUCCAUCAUCGUUGUGUCCGACCGCUCCUGGCACCAUGGGGAGCGCACGAAGCCUGACAAGCAGUCGCUCUACUCUCUGCUGCUAGCUGAGUCCGUGUGCCGCGCGAACAAGAUCAAGGUGCAGUCUCUCAACGCGGAGCUGGAAGACAACCGCCUGGGGAGAGAGGUGGUGGGCAGCCAUCCCUCGCUGACAUACAUCGGCACUUCUGACCUCAUGGGGCUAGUCACCUCACAAGUGACGGAGCAUGCAGAGCUGAACGCUAUUUGGACGGAGCUGCUCAAUUCAUGGGGGGAUGAAAUCUACGUCAAGGAUGCAUCCAUGUACAUGAGUCCUGGGGAGUGCCCGACCUUCAAUGAACUAGCUGAGAGGGCGGUGCAGCGAGGGGAGGUGGCCAUCGGGUACAGGACAGGGGACAACACCGUCAUCAACCCCUGCCCCAAGGACGUGCCGCUUGACUUCGGCCCAGAGGACAGCCUCGUGCUAAUUUCAGAAUACGGCUAAUUUAUUGCAGUAUUUGGCUGGUGGUCAUGUAGUGUGGGUAUACGAGAUGACUUUUGAGUCCACUCAUAAGUCAUCUCGGUGGUCAAGUAGUGUGGUGUGGGUAUAAGGGUGUAUUCCUAUGAAUUGGCAUCAGAUCAGCAACACGGAUUACGGCACGGUGUCAAAAUGUGCACAACUUUGCGGUUCUGUUUGGGUACUGCGCGAAUAUCUGAUGUGCUGAUGCUGGUUCGACUCUGCGGGAAUACCUGAGAGCCUGCAAUGUGUUACUACUGUCUUAUCAUGUCAUCUUAGGGCAUGUCUCAAGAGUACGUCCUAUUUCGGU